AUGUUCCUUAAAAUCAUUGCAGGCAAGUCCGGCGCCGGACGCGGGCGUGGAGGAGGCAGAGAUGCGGCAAGAGGACGCGGCGGAACGGCAAGCGGAGGUCGAGCGAGCACUACUGAUGGUGGCAGGGGCCGCGGUGCCGACGGCAAGGGCAGGGGAGACGCCGUCGCUGGUCGCGGGAAAGCCGGUGAGGCUGCGGCCACGAGGGGCCGUGGAGCUGCUGCGGGAGGUCGCGAGGGCGCCAGAGGACGAGGCGCGGAAAGCGGACGAGGACGGGGGGUUGCGACAGCAGGCCGAGACGGAGGUCGCGGUGGCAGAGGUGGCGAAGGAGGGAGGGGCAGAGGCUUAGACGGGGUGGGUGGCCGUUCCGUGGGGGCUCGAGGCAGAGGCGAUGCCGCGCGGGGAAGGGGUGGUAGAGGCCGCGGAGCUAGCGGACGAGGGGAAGGGCUUAGCAAGAGCAAGAGCCAAACGAAGGACGAGGAGCAAGGUGAUAGAUCUCCUGUGGCUACUCAUGAAGAGGCUUCAGGAGGAGCAUCUGGUGAAGACUCGCACGAGGUUGAUAACACUGAUAACUCCGAUGUUUCAAAAGAGAACGAGGACGGAACCCCGAAGGAAGGAGAUUAUGAUGGUGCCGAGGAGGGCGGAAAGAAUCUAGCUGCGGAAGCCGAACAUGAUUAUGAAACUCCAGGCGCAUACGCUGAAGCGGCGGAUGAAACUGAGGAAGAUGCAAGCGCGGUUGUAGAGGAAUAUGCCGCUGAAAGGGCCGCAGAGGAAGACGGCGAACGGAAGGCUGGUGCUGUGGACGACGAAGCGACGUAUGCCGAGGAGCAGACUGAAAGGAAGGCGGCAGAGGAGGACGAUGCGAUGAAGGCUGCAGUGGGGGAAGCUUCGAUUAUGGCUGCAGAGGGUGAAGCUUCGAUUAUGGCUGCAGAGGGUGAAGCUUCGAUUAUGGCUGCAGAGGAGGACGAUGCGAUGAAGGCUACAGAGGAGGUAGCUGCGAUGAAGGCUGCAGAGGAGGAAGCUGCGAUGAAGGCUGCGGAGGAGGAAGCUGCAAGGCUGGCUGCAGAGGAGGAAGCUGCAAGGAAGGCUGCAGAGGAGGAAGCUGCAAGGAAGGCUGCAAAGGAGGAAGCAGCAAGGCUGGCUGCAGAGGAGGAAGCUGCAAGGCUGGCUGCAGAGGAGGAAGCUGCAAGGCUGGCUGCAGAGGAGGAAGCUGCAAGGCUGGCUGCAGAGGAGGAAGCUGCAAGGCUGGCUGCAGAGGAGGAAGCUGCAAGGAAGGCUGCAGAGGAGGAAGCUGCAAGGAAGGCUGCAGAGGAGGAAGCAGCAAAGAAGGCUGCAGAGGAGGAAGCAGCAAAGAAGGCUGCAGAGGAAGCUGCAAGGAAGGCUGCAGAGGAGGAAGCUGCAAAGAAGGCUGCAGAGGAGGAAGCUGCAAAGAAGGCUGCAGAGGAGGAAGCAGCAAAGAAGGCUGCAGAGGAGGAAGCAGCAAAGAAGGCUGCAGAGGAGGAAGCAGCAAAGAAGGCUGCAGAGGAGGAAGCUGCAAGGCUGGCUGCAGAGGAGGAAGCUGCAAGGCUGGCUGCAGAGGAGGAAGCUGCAAGGAAGGCUGCAGAGGAGGAAGCCGCGAGGAAGGCUGCAGAGGAGGAAGCCGCAAAGAAGGCUGCAGAGGAGGAAGCUGCAAAGAAGGCUGCAGAGGAGGAAGCAACAAAGAAGGCUGCUGAGGAGGAAGCAGCAAGGCUGGCUGCUGAGGAGGAAGCUGCAAGGAAGGCUGCUGAGGAGGAGGCUGCAAGGAAGGCUGCAGAGGUGGAGGCUGCAAGGAAGGCUGCAGAGGAGGAGGCCGCAAGGAAGGUUGCAGAGGAGGAAGCUGCAAAGAAGGCUGCAGAGGAGGAAGCUGCAAGGCUGGCUGCAGAGGAGGAAGCUGCAAGGCUGGCUGCAGAGGAGGAAGCUGCAAGGCUGGCUGCAGAGGAGGAAGCUGCAAGGCUGGCUGCAGAGGAGGAAGCAGCAAAGAAGGCUGCAGAGGAGGAAGCUGCAAGGCUGGCUGCAGAGGAGGAAGCAGCAAAGAAGGCUGCAGAGGAGGAAGCAGCAAAGAAGGCUGCAGAGGAGGAAGCAGCAAAGAAGGCUGCAGAGGAGGAAGCAGCAAAGAAGGCUGCAGAGGAGGAAGCAGCAAAGAAGGCUGCAGAGGAGGAAGCAGCAAAGAAGGCUGCAGAGGAGGAAGCAGCAAAGAAGGCUGCAGAGGAGGAAGCAGCAAAGAAGGCUGCAGAGGAGGAAGCAGCAAAGAAGGCUGCAGAGGAGGAAGCAGCAAAGAAGGCUGCAGAGGAGGAAGCAGCAAAGAAGGCUGCAGAGGAGGAAGCAGCGAAGAAGGCUGCUGAGGAGGAAGCAGCAAAGAAGGCUGCAGAGGAGGAAGCGGCAAGGAAGGCCGCAGAGGAGGAAGCUGCAAGGAAGGCCGCAGAGGAGGAAGCUGCAAGGCUUGCCGCAGAGGAAGCAGCAAGGCUGGCUGCAGAGGAGGAAGCUGCCAGGCUGGCUGCUGAGGAGGAAGCUGCAAGGAAGGCUGCUGAGGAGGAAGCUGCAAGGAAGGCUGCUGAGGAGGAAGCUGCAAGGAAGGCUGCAGAGGAGGAAGCUGCAAGGAAGGCUGCAAAGGAGGAAGCUGCAAGGAAGGCUGCAGAGGAGGAAACUGCAAGGCUGGCUGCAGAGGAGGAAGCUGCAAGGAAGGCUGCAGAGGAGGAAGCUGCAAGGAAGGCUGCAGAGGAGGAAGCUGCAAAGAAGGCUGCAGAGGAGGAAGCAGCAAAGAAGGCUGCAGAGGAGGAAGCUGCAAAGAAGGCUGCUGAGGAGGAAGCUGCAAAGAAGGCUGCUGAGGAGGAAGCUGCACAAUUGGCUGCAGAGGAAGAAGCUGCAAGGAAGGCUGCAGAGGAGGAGGCCGCAAAAAAGAAUGCAGAGGAAGCUGCGAGGAAGGCUGCAGAGGAGGAAGCUGCAAGGAAGGCUGCAGAGGAGGAAGCUGCAAGGCUCGCUGCAGAGGAGGAAGCUGCUGUGAAGGCUGCAGAGGAGGAAGCUGCACAACUGGCUGCAGAGGAGGAAGCUACGAGGAAGGCUGCUGAAGAUGAAGCUGCAAGGAAGGCUGCUGAGGUGGAAGCUGCUAAGAAGGUUGCUGAGGAGGAAGCUGCCAGACUGGCUGCAGAGGAGGAAGCGGCAAGGAAGGCUCUAGAAGAGGCUGAGAGAAACGUUGCAGAGGAGGAUGCAGCAAAAGAUCUAGGGGAGGAAGUCAAGGCUGCUGAAGAGGAACCAGCAAUCAAGCUUUCAGAGCAGGAUCUUACGAAAGCCGAGAAGGCCCCGUCACCUCGAGCCAUGACACCACCCCAGCCAGUGGUGGCAUCUGCAGAUGCCCCACCGGUCUCUGCACCACCAGCUGCUACAGAAAAGGCUGCUCCGGCUGCUGCGCCUGCCCCGCCUCCCAAGAAGGGGGGUGGUCUGUUCGCUUGCUGCUUUGGUCCGUGUACUUCAAUUCGCUCUUCCGCGAGUCGGACGACUGAUUGCCCCUGCCUGUGCGCCUCCGCUGAUGCUCCCGUGCGGGUGGCAGUGGCACUGCCACCAGCGAGUUGGUCUGUUCCUGUCAUGGCUGCAGCAGGCGGGUGGCAGGCGGAAGUGGCGUCGAGCGCGGGGGCAGCAGCGCGCGGAGGUAGCUGCGCGGGGUUCUCGUCCGCAGCGGUGGGCGGAGGAUCGGCGCUGCUGGAUGACACGGCCGUGCAGUUCAAGGAGAGCGUGCACAAGUUCGCACAGGAGGUCAUCGCACCGCACGCUGCUGACAUUGACCGAAACAACACCUUCCCCAAGCAUGUGAAUCUGUGGAGGCUAAUGGGUGACUUUCAUCUGCAUGGCAUCACUGUGCCCGAGCAGGAGGGCGGCAUGGGGCUGGGGUACCUGUACCACUGCGUGGCCAUGGAGGAGGUCUCGCGCGCCUCAGGCGCCGUGGGGCUCUCCUAUGGCGCACACUCCAACCUCUGCAUCAACCAACUCGUGCGGCAUGGAAGUGAGGAGCAGAAGGCCAAGUACUUGCCCAAGCUGGUAGCGGGCGAGCAUGUGGGCGCACUUGCCAUGAGCGAGCCCAACUCGGGGUCGGACGUGGUGAGCAUGCGGUGCCGAGCGGAGAGGGCGCAGGGGGGCUACGUGUUGAAUGGCACCAAGAUGUGGUGCACUAACGGGCCCACAGCUAACACCCUUGUAGUGUACGCCAAGACGGACAUCAAGGCGGGACCUAAGGGCAUCACAGCCUUCAUUAUCGAACAGGGCAUGGACGGGUUCCGAACGGCUCAGAAACUGGAUAAGCUGGGCAUGCGAGGCAGUGACACGUGCGAGCUGGUGUUUGAGGACUGCUUCGUGCCGCGCGACAACGUUCUGGGACAGGAGGGCCGAGGAGUGCAAGUGUUGAUGUCGGGGUUGGACCUGGAGCGAGUGGUGCUGGCAGCGGGGCCACUGGGGCUAAUGGCGGCGGCCAUGGACGUGGUGCUGCCGUACGUGCACCAGCGCCAGCAAUUCGGACAGCCCAUCGGCCAGUUCCAACUCAUUCAGGGCAAGCUCGCAGACAUGUACUGUGCUGUUCAGGCCUCAAGGGCGCUGGUGUACAGUGCUGCCAUGGCAUGUGACCGGGGCCAUGUCAAUCGUAAGGAUUGUGCGGCAGCCAUUCUAUUUGCUGCGGAGAAUGCCACGCAGGUCGCCUUGCAGGCCAUCCAGUGUCUGGGCGGCAACGGGUACGUGAACGAGUACCCAACAGGGCGCCUGCUGCGCGACGCCAAGCUCUAUGAGAUUGGCGCGGGCACCAGGCUGCCAUUGCCCCCAUGCCAUACCAGGGCUGCCAGUCCGCCCAUUCCUCCCCUCAUGGCCACUCAAUACAAGGGUUUCACACCCUUACCCUCUCACCCACCCAACCCUAGGGGAUUCACCCCUUCCUUCUCACUCCACCCAAAGGGAUUCACCCCUUCCUUCUCACCCAUCCCACCCAAGGGGAUUCUCCCCUUCCUUCUCACCCAUCCCACCCAAGGGAAUUCACCCCUUCCUUCUAACCCAUCCCACCCAAGGGGAUUCACCCCUUCCUUCUCACCCAUCCCACCCAAGGGGAUUCACCCUUUCCUUCUCACCCUCCCACCCAAGGGGAUUCACCCCUUCCUUCUCACCCAUCCCACCCAAGGGGAUUCACCCCUUCCUUCUCACCCACCCAACCCAAGGGGAUUCACCCCGUCCUUCUCACCCAUCCCACCCAAGGGGAUUCACCCCUUCCUUCUCACCCAUUCCCCCCCAAGGGGAUUUAGUCCCCUUCCCUCUCACCCACCCAACCCAAGGGGAUUCAUGUCCCUUCACUCUCACCCGCUCAAGGGGAUUCAGGCCCCUACUCUCUCAUCCGCUCAAGGGGAUUCAGUCCCCUUCUCUUUCACCCACCCAACCCAAGGGGAUUCAUGUCCCUUCACUCUCACCCGCUCAAGGGGAUUCAGGCCCCUACUCUCUCAUCCGCUCAAGGGGAUUCAGUCCCCUUCUCUUUCACCCACCCAACCCAAGGGGAUUCAUGUCCCUUCACUCUCACCCGCUCAAGGGGAUUCAGGCCCCUACUCUCUCAUCCGCUCAAGGGGAUUCAGUCCCCUUCUCUUUCACCCACCCAACCCAAGGGGAUUCAUGUCCCUUCACUCUCACCCGCUCAAGGGGAUUCAGGCCCCUACUCUCUCAUCCGCUCAAGGGGAUUCAGUCCCCUUCUCUUUCACCCACCCAACCCAAGGGGAUUCAUGUCCCUUCACUCUCACCCGCUCAAGGGGAUUCAGGCCCCUACUCUCUCAUCCGCUCAAGGGGAUUCAGUCCCCUUCUCUUUCACCCACCCAACCCAAGGGGAUUCAUGUCCCUUCACUCUCACCCGCUCAAGGGGAUUCAGGCCCCUUCUCUCUCAUCCGCUCAAGGGGAUUCAGUCCCCUUCCCUCUCAUCCGCUCAAGGGGUUUCAGGCCCCUUCUCUCUCACCCACCCCCACCCAGCCCAUCCCCACCUUCACCUGCCAGCAGUAG